AUGUCGCGUAAUUCUGCUGCUGGUUUAGAGAAUACGUUAUUUCAACUCAAGUUUACUGCCAAGCAGUUAAAUAGACAGGCUGCUAAAGCGGCCAAAGAGGAGAAGCAAGAAACUAACAAAUUAAAGAAGAUUCUCAACGAGAAUGAAGAGAUUGCUCGUCUUUAUGCAUUGAAUGCUAUUCGUAAACGGAAUGAACGUUUACAGUUGUUGAAAUUGGCAUCGAGGAUUGAUGCUGUGGCAUCGAGGGUUCAGACAGCUGUGACGAUGAGGCAGGUGAGCGGAUCCAUGGCUCAAGUUUGCAGAGGUAUGGACAGAGCGCUACAGAGUAUGAACCUGCAACAAAUCACAAUGGUUAUGGAUAAGUUUGAGCAGCAGUUUGAAGAUUUGGAUACAAGUGUUAAUGUGUAUGAGGAUAUGGGUCAGAAUGUAGAUGCAGUAGCUGUGGAUCAUGAUAAGAUUGAUGAAUUGAUGAAUCAGGUAGCAGACGAGAACGGUUUAGAACUCAGGCAAAGCGCUCAACUAAAAGAUUUACCUCAGGUGCAAAAUACGGCAGCAGAGGUUACGGAAGAGAAAGAAGACAAAUUAGCGCAGAGAUUACGAAUGUUGCGUGGAUAA